AUGCGAUCCUACAACGCAACCUCGCCGGCGGAUUGGUCCGCUGCAGGAGCCUGGCACACCGUGCCGUGGUCACCGGUGCACGGUCUCCACGGCGUCGCAGCGGGCGCUACAGGGCCUGGAGCGGGCAAUUCUAGCGGUUCAACCGGGGAUUCGAGGGAUUCUACCGACAUCUCUAGUGCUGCUUUCGGGGGGCACAGCCCUGCAGCUUCGACGACUCCAAGCCAAGACGGCCCGGGAUCACGAUCGGGCACGACGUCCGCCGCGCCGUCAACUCCGACCUCGCCGACGUCUCCCACCUCGUUCACAUCCACGGCGCCGACGGCCACGACAGCCCCGGACCUAGGUCCCAGCCCGAUCGGCUGGCUCAAAUCCGGCAUCCCGUACCUCCCGCCCACCGACGCCCUCCAGCUCCACACCCUCGACGUCUGGGUUCCCAAUCACGAUAACACCAACGUACCGCCAGACCCUCUGUCUCCGUCCUCGCCUUCCGAAGCAGGAGGCACAUGGAUCGUCUACAUCCACGGCGGCGCCUGGCGCGAUCCUUUCAUCACCUCGGCCUCCUUCGCCCCGGCCGCGGGCUAUCUCCUUCACCAUGCUGCUGAGCACGCCGCCGGAAGCGGGGCGCCACCUCCCCUAGCCGGUCUCGUGUCCAUCAACUACCGCCUUUCACCGCACCCCUCGCACCCAGCACCCAGAGACCCUUCACGACAGGCCCGACACCCGGACCAUAUCGCCGACGUGCUCGCGGCGUUGUCAUUUUUAGGACGAGUGUGUAUUAUCAAGGGCGGCGCGGUUAAAACAAACUGGAUCCUCGCCGGCCACUCCUGCGGUGCCACCCUUGCCUUCCAAGCCGUCAUGCACCCAGCCCGCUGGAAGCUUUCUUCCUCGUCUUCUUCCCACGUUCUACCACCCCCACGCGCGCUGGUGGGCUUCAACGGCCUAUACGACCUCGCAGGCUUUGUCGCGGCGCCCCCGCUCGCAUACGCCCACCUGCGCGACGCCUACCGCGAGUUUACCACGGCCGCGUUCGGCGGCGACGAGGACGGCUGGCGGGCAGUGUGCCCUGCGAGUGCGGGGGGUCAGUGGGUGCAGGAAUGGCCGCCAACCAAGAAAUCCGUCGUGCUGGUUCAGUCCCGCGAGGAUAGUCUUGUUCCUUGGGACCAGAUCGAUGCGAUGCACGCCCGGCUCGCUGAUGAGGGGGGUGUUAAUGUCACUGUGGUUGAGUCUGAUGGCGACCAUGACGAUGCGUGGAAAAAGGGGGGGCGGAUGGCGGAUAUUUUGUGGGGGGUUGUGAGUGAGAAGGUUUAG